AUGACUUUCGCCCAUGUCGUUUGUAAGCACCUAAACCCCUUGUAUCAUCUCAUUCAAAUCUUCCCUCCGAUUCCUCAUCUUCUGCUCCCCAUUUACUCCCCAACCCACCUCACCAAUCGCUCUCACUACUCGUCUCUUCCUUCUGAGAAUCUUGAAACAGUAAACAAACUCGUAUCGAUCUUCUCACACCAGCAACCCUCAUCCUUGGUCUCCACAACAGAACUAGCCGCAUUUGGGUCCAAGCUCACCACUGAUGUAGUUGAAACUACCCUUAAAAGCUUCAAGAGUUGGGAAACAGCACUAAGAUUCUUCAAUUGGGCAUCAACUCAAACUGGGUAUCGCCACAAUUGUUAUACUUACAAUGCCAUGGCUUCUAUCCUAUCAGGUGCUCGACAAAAUGCCGCACUGAAGGCACUGUAUAUUGAUUUAGUAAACUCACGGUGUUAUGUGAGUCCGGGCGCGCUAGGUUUCUAUGUUAGGUGUUUGGGAGGUCUAGGGAUGGUUAAUGAGGCUAAUGAAUUGUUUGAUCAAGUUAAGAAGCUGGGUUGUGUUCCAAAUGAUUAUAGCUAUAAUAAGUUACUGGAAGCUAUUGCCAAGUCGGGCUCUGUAGAGUUGAUGACUGUGAGGAUGAGUGAGAUGAGGGAUAAUGGGUGGAAGCCUGAUAAGUAUACGUUGACAAUGGUGUUGCAGUGUUAUUUUAUGGCAGGCAAGUAUGAAAGAGCUUUGGAAGUGUUUCAGCGGAUAGACGAGCUUGGUUGGGUAGAUUCAUAUGUUUUCACGAUUGCAGUCAUCUCGUUGACUAAAGGGGGUGAGGUGGAUAAGGCGAUAUACUUGAUCAACAAGAUGGAUGAUUUCAAGAUAAGCUUGAAUGAGAAGACCUUUUAUGUUUUGAUUCAUGGGUUUGUGAAGGAAGGCAAGGUAGAAUACUCUCUAAGCUUAUUAAAAAAGAUGCAAAGUUUGGGUUUUGUACCUGUAAUUUCACUCUAUGCGGUACUCAUUGAAGGGCUCUGCAAAAGAGGAGAAUUUACGAAAGCUUUGCAAUUGCAUUCCGAGAUGAAUGAAAUGGGUAUUUGUCCUGAUCUUAACUUACUUCAGACUCUCAUAUCGUCUUUAGCUGAUGAGAGAGAGAUGAUAUGCUUACUCAAAGAGGCAAAAAAACAUUUUAAUAAGAAAUCCAUGACUACACUACAUAAUGCUGCCUUGAGUAGUCUGGUAAAAAGUGGUUCGAUUGAUAAAGCCUAUCAUCUUCUUCGAGCAAUGAUGAAGGAUGAUGUUGGUGAUGACAUUAAGAUAGAUGGAUGCUUUGGGAUUCAAAACUUUGUUCCCCUAGAUGCCUCUUCGUUUGGAAUUGUUAUCGAUGGUUUGUGCCAAAAAGGCAAGUUGGAUGUGGCUCUAGAACUCUUCAAUGAUAUGGACCAAAUUGGUUGUAAACGAAGUUUGCUACUUUACAAUAAUUUGAUUAUUGCUUUGAGUGAUGCAAACAAAGUGGAAAAAUGCCAUGAGCUUCUCAAAGAGAUGAAGGCCAAUGGAUUUGUACCAUCACAAUUCACCCACAACUCUAUAUUUGGAUACUACUGCAGGAUUGGGGAUGUGCUCGGUGCCAUAAAUAUGGUACAUGAGAUGCAUACUCAUGGGCAUCAGCCAUGGAUUAAACAUUACACCUUGCUUGUGAAGAAGCUGUCCACAAUUGGAAGGGUGGCUGAAGCAUGUAGCUUUCUGGAAAUGAUGAUUCAAGAAGGUUUUGUGCCUGAUAUGAUUGCCUAUUCUGCAGCAAUUGAUGGUUGGUUAAGGAUGGGAGAAGUGGAUUACGCCUGGAAGAUGUUUAAAGACAUUUCUGCUAGUGGACGUUGCCCUGAUGUAGUUGCGUAUAAUACCGUCAUAAAUGGUCUUUGCAAGGCCAAACGACUGUCAGAAGCCCAGGAUGUUUAUGACCAAAUGGUACAGAAGCGCCUUAUUCCCUCCGUAGUGACCUACAACUUGCUGAUAGAUGCGUACUGCAAAAAUGAUGACAUCGAUCAGGCCAUUGGCUUCUUCUCAAUGAUGGCUGAGAAACAAAGGGAUCCAAAUGUUGUUACUUACACAACUUUAAUUGAUGGAUUGUGCAAUGAUGGAAGAUCAGAUGAAGCUCUGCUAAUUUGGAACAAAAUGGUCAGGCAGGGGAAGGGUUGCUCCCCUAACAAAAUCGCUUUUAUGGCCCUCAUCCAUGGUCUUUGCAAAUGCAGAAAGCCAGAUGCAGCAUUAAUAUAUUUUGAAGAGAUGGAAGAAAAGCAUAUGCAGCCAGAUACUUAUAUAUAUGUCACAUUAAUAGAGGCUUUUCUUUCUGUAUCAAAUGCACCCAUGGCUCUUUGGAUUUUAAGAAAGAUGAUUCAGAAUGAAAGAGUCCCCAAUGUGCUUGAUAAGAACUGUAUAACUCUAAGGGAAGCCGUGCGGAAAUUGAUGGAUGAUGCACUGACUUCUUUAGAAAUCGAGACCCUUAUUGCAGAUAAUGUUCUUCCAAUUCAUUUGCUACAAACAGGAGGGCCAUAGUCAUGUUCUUAAGCUGAGCCUUGUAAAACUGUAUAUAAACAGUCUCUUUAUCUUCUGGAGCUUAUUUUGAAGAUUUACUUAACUUCCAGUCGAAAUGCCAAUUGUCUUCUUCGGGAUGUGGCUGUAACCCUGAUUUCUUUUUCAUCAACUAUGGUUCUAACUAUAUAUUGGAGCAUGAAUUCUGACAUCAUUCAACAAGGUUUGGCUAUAACCAUUCUUCUUUUUCUUGUUCAUUUUAACUUAAAAGUAGAUAUCAUACAUGUACUGAUCAACCCUUUGGGUUUUUUGGUA